AUGAAGAUAGUACUAGCAAUUCUUUGCUGGGCUUUUGCCAGCUCCAGUGGAGCCAAGCUACCCAUUGGCACGCAGAGGAUAUCACGCAUUCCGCUCAAGGAUCUGCCCAGUUUCUCUGGCAUCGAAGCGCGCAUUAUCAAUGGCUUUGCGCCUUCCGAGGGCCUAGUUCCGUUUAUUGUGGGGCUGAGUUUCGAGUUUCGAUACGGCGCCUGGUGGUGCGGUGGUUCCAUUAUAGGCAACACCUGGAUUCUGACAGCUGCACAUUGCACUGAGUUGGCGGAGUCAGUGAGGAUCUAUUACGGCUCCAACAAGCUCGCACAGGGUCAGCUAACACAUGAUGUGCGAAGCGGCGAUAUACUUCCGCAUGCGGAGUACAACAGAGGGAUCGACGUGGCACAUGAUAUCGCACUCAUACGCACGCCCCAUGUGAGCUUUACGGACCACAUCAAAAAGCUGGAGCUGGGCGAACGUGACAAUAGCUAUGCAGGCUGGUGGAGCACAUCCUGCGGCUGGGGCAAGACCGGGCUAAGCCAGGGCCAGCCAAAUGAUUUGCAGUGCAUCAACCUGCAGAUCAUCAGCAGUGAUGAGUGCUACCAACAAAUUGGACCACAUGGCGGGCGCACAGAGGGUAUUCUCUGGGUUAGCACUGCGUCUGGCAAGUCCACCUGCAGCGGUGACUCGGGUGGCCCAUUGGUCACCCACGUUGGCUUCAAGCUGGUUGGCAUCAACUCCUUUGUGCUAAAGAGCUGCGAGAGUGGCCUGCCAGCUGGUUUCACUCGAGUCAGCGCCUACCGAGACUGGAUACGCGACAUUGCUGGCAUCGAAGGAGCCCGGACACGUGCCGUGUCUAUAAAAACAACAAACUACUCGAGUGAAGAGCACACACUCAGCAGCAGCAGCACUGAGAUGCUUUACCCACACGCCUGGCUGCUCUGUCUGGCCGUCUUGGGCCUGGCGCAGGCGUGGAGCACUAAGCACGAUGCCAGCCCGGAACAGCAGGAGGAGCUCAUGUCCAUACGCUGGCAGCUGGGCUACGAGCGCUGGCAGCGUCUAUGCGAGAAAUAUAAGCUAAACGAGGAGCAACAGGAGCAGGCGGUGAGCACACGCAUCGCACGAGGCGAACUGGCCGAAACGGGCAUGUUUCCCUACCAGGCGGGACUUCUUCUCCAGCUGCGCCAGGGCGAUGGCCGGCAAUGCGGCGGCUCACUCAUCAGCCUGGACUUUGUGCUGACCGCAGCGCAUUGCCUGAUUGAUGCGGAGAGUGCACGCGUUUAUCUGGGCAGCAACAUAUAUACAGAUGAAGCAGCCUCUGCUCAGGUGUUUGAGGUGCAACAGCCGCAGUUCAAGGUUUAUCCCGGCUAUCCAGGCUUUGGUGGCUACCAUGAUCUGGCACUGAUACGCCUGCCCCGGCCGGCCAGACCCAGUGCGAACGUGCAGCCGAUUGCUUUGGCGCUGGAGUUUAUGCAGCCGCCGCUAUUGGAGGGUCAAUUGGUAAGCAGCUCCGGCUGGGGCGCCCUGGGGGAUGAUGAUGAGCUGAACAAUCAGUCACCGUUCGAGGGGGAGUCCAAUUUGCUGCACUAUGUCGAUGUGCCGGUCCUAGAGCAAGACAUAUGCAUUUGCAACUUUCUGCCCGGCUUGGUUAGCACGCGACGUCACAUUUGCACCGACGGACGAAAUGGACGUGGCGGUUGCCAGGGCGAUUCCGGUGGCCCGUUGGUCUAUCUGUGGCGCAACAUCAGCUAUUUGAUUGGAGUAACCGCAUUUGGCAGCACAACGGGCUGUGAGCUGGGCGCCCCGACUGUCUACACGCGCGUCGCUGCCUAUUUGGGCUGGAUACUGGGCGAAGCGGGCGUGGGUGUGGCAAGGCAUGAGAGCAGCAGUCAACAGUCAACUCAAUGCAAUUAA